UCUCCUCCCCGAUAAGAAGCUUCGUCGCCGUCUCCUCCCCCUCUUCCUCCUCUUUCUCCGUCGCACCAAAAUCCUCCCCGUAUCAAGAGAAAUAUAAAGUAGCUGAGGUAAAAGGCUGCGAGCCGGCGAACUACGCAAGAAUUUUUCUUCCCCGGAGAGAAAAUCAAAGAACAUCGGGACAUGGUCCGGCUGGUGCCGCUGCUGCUGUCGGAGUCGAGCAAGGAGGGGGACAGGAGCGUGGAUAGCUCAAGAAGAGGGAAGGCACAGUGAGCUCCGAAGAGGUGCCAGACGCGUGUAGCCCGAGCAAGGGUACGAGGAAUCAAAUCAAGCCAUGGACUCGGAGCACUGGAUCUCGCGCCUGGCCGCCGCCAAGCGGUUCUACGCGGCGCAGCUCGGCCACGUCGACGAUAUGCCGGGGAUGGAGGAAGUCGAGAUGGAGCUGGAGGACGACGGGGACAUGGAGAUGGAGAUGGCGCUGGAGCUGGGGGAGGCGACGUGGCCGGAUGUGGCCUGCCCCUACUGCUACGAGGACCACGACGUCGCGUCCUUGUGCAUCCACCUCGAGGAGGACCACCCCUACGAGCCCCACGCCGCGCCCUGCCCCAUUUGCUCCCAAAAGAUUACAAGAGAUAUGCUCAACCAUAUCACCAUGCAACAUGGUUACUUGUUCAAGAAUGGUCACAGGUCUCGCAGAUUUAUCAUUCCUGAGAGCCAUGCAAUUUCUUUACUGAGCCGAGAUCUACGCGGUACUCAUUUACAGGCUCUUCUAGGGGAUGGUCAUAGCCGCAGAUCAAGUAACACAGCAACCACAAACAUUUCCAACGAUCCUCUUCUUUCAUCAUUUGGCCUGAGCUUCGCAACAUCAGAUGCACUGGAACCAUCAAAAGCACCAUCUUCUAUUCCAGAUGCUGCCUCAGUGCGUAAAGAGACACCAACUCAGCCUUGGGAAUCAAGUAUUGAUUCGUCUCUCACGUGCGAGGAAAGGGAACAAAAGCGGAAACAAGCCACUGACAGAGCAACGUUUGUGCAAGGCCUGGUGCUCUCAACUCUAUUUGGAGACUGACUGUUCAAACAGCCCUAGUUCUUGCUAGAUGGGUGCUUCCUUGCUCUUCCACAUAGAUUGAUAGUGCUCCACAAGGGUUGGUGGGUCUAACUCCGACAGCAGGGGAUGCGCCUCUGGAAACUGCAGUCCUGUUCUUCUUUGUUCCGGUAAAGCGCCAAGUUCAUUUGGUCCUGAGCUUAAUUAAGCUAGCUGUUGUACCUUUGUUUUAUCAAUUUAUCAGCCAGUAAUUCCUUAGCUGUAACUCAUUGGUACACUAUGCACCAACAUACAUAAUAGUUGUAACAUCUACUACUAUACAAUUAAAAAAUGGCACUUGUAUGAGA